GGAGGAGCUGCUGCAAUAUGAACUAUCAGCAGCAGCUGGCCAACUCGGCUGCCAUCCGGGCCGAGAUCCAGCGCUUCGAGUCGGUGCAUCCCAACAUCUACUCCAUCUACGAGCUGCUCGAGCGGGUGGAGGAGCCCGUGCUGCAGAACCAGAUCCGCGAGCAUGUCAUCGCCAUCGAGGAUGCUUUUGUAAACAGUCAAGAAUGGACCCUAAGUCGAUCAGUACCAGAGCUGAAAGUGGGAAUUGUGGGUAAUUUAGCUAGCGGCAAGUCGGCUCUGGUACAUCGGUACCUGACAGGCACCUAUGUCCAAGAGGAGUCACCAGAAGAUAUGGAUGCAGGUGGGAGAUUCAAGAAAGAGAUAGUUGUUGAUGGACAGAGCUAUUUGUUGUUGAUUCGAGAUGAAGGGGGCCCUCCAGAGGCACAGUUUGCUAUGUGGGUGGAUGCUGUGAUAUUUGUCUUCAGCUUGGAGGAUGAAAUUAGCUUCCAGACGGUUUACCACUACUAUAGUCGGAUGGCCAACUAUCGCAACACUAGUGAAAUCCCAAUGGUACUAGUGGGAACCCAGGAUGCCAUAAGUUCCAAUAAUCCACGGGUUAUUGAUGAUGCAAGAGCAAGGAAGUUGUCCAAUGAUUUGAAGAGAUGCACUUAUUACGAGACCUGUGCUACAUAUGGACUGAACGUGGAGAGGGUCUUCCAAGAUGUUGCCCAGAAGAUUGUAGCAAUGAGGAAGAAGCAGCAGCUUUCAAUAGGGCCCUGCAAGUCAUUACCAAACUCUCCUAGUCACUCAUCUGUGUGUUCAGCUCAAGUAUCUGCUGUGCAUAUAAGCCAGACAAGUAACGGAGGUGGAAGUUUAAGUGACUAUUCCUCCUCCGUCCCGUCCACCCCAAGCACCAGCCAGAAGGAGCUUCGAAUUGAUGUUCCUCCAACUGCCAAUACCCCCACACCCGUCCGAAAGCAGUCCAAACGCCGGUCCAACCUUUUCACGUCUCGGAAGGGGAGCGACCCAGACAAAGAGAAGAAAGGUCUGGAGAGUCGAGCCGAUAGCAUUGGAAGCGGUCGUGCAAUACCAAUUAAACAGGGUAUGCUGCUGAAGCGAAGUGGCAAAUCGUUGAAUAAGGAGUGGAAAAAGAAGUAUGUGACCCUAUGUGACAAUGGAGUACUGACUUACCAUCCAAGUUUACAUGAUUAUAUGCAGAAUGUUCAUGGAAAAGAGAUUGACCUUCUAAGAACCACUGUGAAAGUCCCGGGAAAGAGGCCACCUCGAGCAACUUCAGCCUGUGCCCCUAUCUCCAGCCCGAAAACCAAUGGCCUGUCCAAAGACAUGAGCAGUUUACAUAUCUCACCAAAUACAGGGAAUGUUACUACUAGUACGUCUGUGUCUCAGAUGGCAAGUGGCAUCAGCCUAGUCUCCUUCAACAGUCGCCCUGAUGGCAUGCAUCAACGCUCUUACUCCGUCUCCAGCGCUGACCAGUGGAGCGAGGCCACAGUCAUUGCAAAUUCUGGCAUCAGCAGUGAUACAGGUUUGGGAGAUUCUGUGUGCUCUAGUCCAAGUAUAUCAAGUACCACCAGCCCCAAACUUGAUCCUCCUCCAUCUCCUCAUGCAAACAGAAAGAAGCAUCGCAGGAAGAAAAGCACUAGCAAUUUUAAAGCUGAUGGUAUCUCAGGCACAGCUGAAGCCAAACGCAAAGCUUGGAAACUAAACCGUGUUGGUAGCCUGCGAAAUAUAUACAGCAGCAGCAGUACCAACACCGAAGAACAAGAAGAAAACUUUGAGUUUAUCAUUGUGUCCCUCACUGGCCAGACAUGGCACUUUGAAGCUACCACAUAUGAAGAGAGAGAUGCAUGGGUACAAGCCAUAGAAAGUCAGAUCCUGGCCAGUUUACAGUCAUGUGAGAGCAGCAAGAAUAAGUCCCGACUGACAAGCCAGAAUGAAGCCGUGGCCCUACAGUCAAUAAGAAACAUCAGAGGAAAUUCUCACUGUGUGGAUUGUGAGACACAAAACCCCAACUGGGCAAGUUUGAACCUGGGAGCCCUUAUGUGUAUUGAAUGCUCAGGGAUACACCGGAACCUCGGCACCCACCUUUCUCGCGUCCGGUCGCUUGACCUAGAUGACUGGCCCAUUGAGCUCAUCAAGGUGAUGUCGUCCAUUGGAAAUGAGUUAGCAAACAGCAUCUGGGAAGAGAGCAUCCAGGGAAGAAUGAAACCUUCUUUGGACUCCACAAGGGAAGAAAAAGAACGUUGGAUCCGGGCAAAGUAUGAACAGAAGCUCUUCCUCGCCCCACUGCCCUGCAUGGACCUGUCCCUGGGCCAGCACCUGCUGAGAGCCACUGCCGAUGAAGAUUUACGGACGGUCAUCCUGCUCCUCGCCCACGGCUCCCGGGAAGAAGUGAACGAGACCUGCGGAGAGGCGGACGGGCGUACCGCUCUCCAUUUGGCCUGCCGAAAGGGGAACGUUGUCUUAGUUCAACUCUUAAUUUGGUAUGGUGUCGACGUCAUGGCCCGCGAUGCCCACGGAAACACAGCUCUGGCCUACGCCAGGCAAGCCACAAGUCAAGAGUGCAUUGACAUUCUCCUGCAAUAUGGCUGUCCUGAUGAGCGUUUUGCCCUCAUGGCAACUCCCAACCUGUCCAGGAAGAACAAUAACAGAAACAACAGCAGUGGACGGAUGCCCACCAUCAUCUGAGCAGUGGGAUCACCGACUGGCUGACGCAAAUAAAAUCGGCGGCCGCAUUGCUCCAUUUCUCUUUGCUGUUGCAACUUGUGAGUCUCAUGUCACCUCCCUGGCCUCCCUCCCCACCUCUCUCUCCCCUCAGCCCUCCCCACCAAGCAGAAUAGAGUCGCCACUAUGGACAAUUGUGAAGAGAUGAGGAAGCGGAGGAGAUAGAGUUGCAGAAUCCCUUCAUCUUUCUAAAGAUCCCGUAUGAUUAACACUGAAAGGGGGUGGGGAGGUGGGGGGAAUGGAGAGGUCCCACAUUCUGAUUUUCGCACAUAUGGGACCAUUUGCCUGGUCACCUGGAGCUGGGAGCUCUACAAGUGUCGGGGGAGGGACGGGGGGAUGCGGGUAGAGGAGAAGAAAGAGAAAUGGUAACUUUCCUUAACUGGCAGUUAAGCACAUCAGUACAUUUCACCUCUACCAAACAGAACACUUUGGCUUCAUUCUCUUCUCCGAAGAGCUUGACGGCAUAAAUCAGAAGCAAGCACAGAGUUUGUCAGGUUUGAAGCUCCUAUGAUGGUAUGUGUCAAAUCAGUUGUAGCUAAUCUGUCCAGGGAGAAUACUGGCUUCAUUACACUUGUAUAGUUGAGUUCUUCCAGCAUUACCGCUGUUUAAUAGAACAUGAUUAGUCAUCACGGAGAAAAAAGCAUAUUAGCUGAGGAGGUAGUUACGCGGCACGCUUCGGUGAUUGCUUGGAUGUGAUUGCAAUAUUCUUAGAAGCAUCAUAUUAUCUCAGACAUGUUCUUUCGAGCCCUUGGAGCCUCCUUUCUAAAUUCACUGUCAUAAUUUAGUAUCUGUUUAAUUUUUCAGUCCAAAGAGGGAAAACCAGUUGCUGAGUGUUAUUUGACUGCAGUCUCCUUGGUGUAACAACAAAAUGGAAAAAAUAAAUAAGAGUAACUAUGAACUACAGAAAAGGAAUAAUGAAUACUGCUAACAAUAACAUUUCAAGUACAUUUAGUAAAGUAAAUAAAUGAAUAAAAGGCUCCUUUUUUCAGCCACAAGAGAUAUGUUCUGUCAUUUUGCCAAGGUGAAUGUGUUGAAUUUUUGGUCAUUUUUGUGCUGCAUUGCCUAAGUUAUACAGAUUUUGUAUUGUGUCUUUAGAUGAGAUAUGUGUAAAAUCUGUUUGAAUUUUUAAAAGUUCAUAAAUAUGCAUUGACUUUUGUACAGACAAAUGACACCUUUGUUAAUUUAUAAACUGCAUUGGUUGUGGACUAAUAAUGUCAAAGAAGUUGGGAUCAGAAGGUUACAGAUCUUUGUACAUGGAAAAGCUUCCCAGCGGCAAACACUUUCCACAUUAUUUGAGGUACAUCUUGAAAAAACAUAUCAGAAUAAGAUGGUGACACACUUCGAUUCCAAAAAAAGGGUACUGAGGCAUGUUAGAAAAGGAAAGGGGAAGAUGUGUUUCUUUAGGCAGUGCAAGCAUAUUUUAGAUGCUACACACAAAGGGCCACAAGGUGAACAAAAAAUGAACCUAAAACUAACCCUAUGUGCUUUGCAAAGAUAGGCCAUGAUUGCACUGCCUCACUGGCUAUUCUGCAGAUCCAACUGCCUGGUGGAAAGAAUGAGGAUGGUGGCCAAUAUGUUGCCCAUUUCAAUAUGUGGUUUGACAUUCAAAACUAUUCAGCUGAUGAUGUCUUCUGUCAUCUUUCAUAAAGUGGGAAAUCCAGCUCAGCAAAACAUAUCAUCAGGGCUUCAACCAUAAGAGGAGAUUGUUUGUAUGAAGCAUAGAACAAGUUGGGGUCAUGGGCUCCUUGUCUUUAUUAGAGAACAAAAACAAUUAUGCAAAAUUAGGUGCAUUUGGCAUGUAAUUUUAAAAAAUUGUUUGCUCACAUUCCUAUAUUUCACAGGAUUUCGGUGUUGCAGAACUGCGGCUAUUUUUUCUCCCUUUCCUUUUUUUAAUUAAAUAAAAUAUAAAAGGAAUAAAGAGAAGAUGGAAUGGAAUUUUAAGUGGACCACCAUUUCAAAUAAAAUCUUCACCUUUAAAUAAUAAAGGGAGGUGGGUGGGUGGUCCAGAGAAAUUAUCAAAAUUCCAAGCAAUCCAGGGAAAAUGUGUGAAGUAUGCAAUUUUGAGCACCCUGAUGAGGCUUUGCAUUCUUCUUCCACUAGUAGCCUAGGUCCAGGAUUUGUUGUGGGACACUUACUUUAAAUAUGAAUGGAAAAGACUUUCAUUGUAUUUUUUUAAAUUAUUUUAAGAUCCAAUCCAGUAACUGUCAUUUAUGCUUCCACACACUCCUAAAGUAGCCUUUGUAAAGUGUACUCUGAAAUGGUAAAAUGAAAAAUCCUAAAUUAUUUUUUGUCCCAUUAGUCUACUUAACGCAAAAUCGUCCCUGUGAAGAAAGAGUCAUUCCUUAUUAGGGUUGCGUUGAGCAUUUCUGGGAGUAUGAAUAUAUUAAUGUGUGUUGCAUAAUUUUCCAAAAGGGUUUCUUUUUUCAUUUAGCCUGCCAAGACCACAGACUGAGUUCCACAUUUCUUCUACCAAAACCAUAAGCCACCAUACUCCCUUUGACUAAGGCCAGGAGAUGUACACUUUAUGCUGCAUUAAAUUUGCUGAUGUACACAGAGAGGAAGCCUGGAUUCCUGAGCUCACAUCUCUCAAAUAACUUCAGUCCAUGAGUCUGUUUCAAAGAGUCUCUCUUUAAAAGGCUAUGUCAAUUCUAAGCAGCUGUAUGUUGGCACUUACAAAAUCGGAGUGUCUUUAUUCCCAGAGCUGACCAUUCCUAUUUUAAUGUUGUGUAGCACAAAAGCAGCAAGAGACAUGCGUAUCUGGCUCAGGCAUGGAAAUAUUCAGUGUUUGGCGGUGGAUGAGACGGAUUUUAAAUGGUAAUUUCAUGGCUGAUCUGUGUUGUUUAAGAGUAAGGAGAUGGGGCAACCAGCUACAACUUGGGGUGUCAUGAUCUAGCACAGCCUACUCUAGGAAAGAUUCAACAAGGAGCAAACAGAAAAACAUGAAACAGAAUUUUCUGAAAAAGAAUCCCCCCCCCCCCCGCCAAAAAAAAAGACCCGCUUCCUGAAUUUGAUCUUGAAAUCUGCAGAACAGUGGUAGUUAUGCUUAGGCAAGUGUUAUUUGACCUUGGUCAUGUUAAUGGUUAAUUGAAUGGAUUUUUGCAGACAGCAGGUUUUAUCUGCAAGUAGAGAGAAAACCGGUGGUCUGGCCUUGCCGCUAGUUCCUAGCCUCCUUGACCCAGAAAUUGUUGUGUCUUUAUUACCCUCUGAAGGAGGGUAAACAGAGAAAAAAGUGGAAUCUUGGAAUGGAUAGAUUACAAAACUAAUGAGUAGGAAACUCCAAUAGGUUUAGAGAGACCUAACAAUACUCUGCCUUUCUCUGUCCCUCUCUUUUGGUGCCAGGAGUUGAGUUUUGUUUCUAAUGACUCUCUUGUGAAUAGAUCUAGUAUUCCAUCUCCCAGUAAAACACCCAUUUCAACAUUCACAUGCUGUAGAAAGACAAUGCAGAGGUCAUAUCCGUUUAAAAUGAUGUCCUGAAAGAAUUGAGCCAUGGGAGGAAAUGUACUGAACAAUCUUGACCCGUUGCUAGUUUAGUCAUUUGAUUCCAGUAAAUUCACCAGAGUCGGUAGUUAUUUGAGAGGAUAGGGAGAUUGCUGGAUGUGGAAGUAGAGGAGGAGCUGACAAGUUUUCAUUUCACCUCAGAGAUGUGAGUGUUGGAUUUGUUGCAGGAGUCCACGUCCUGAGAACCAUCUUAGUUAUAUCUAAAAAGGAAAGGACAAACCCACCACCUCUCUGGUAGGGAAGAGGAGAUCUUGCUAAGUGAAAGAAGCUGGCGGUAAUUGUGUAAGAGAAAACUUUGUCAUUCUGACUGCAGGGUCUCCAAAGGAGUAAGAAUGCAUUUGAAACCCAGACUUUGUGGGUAUGGUUGAUAUGCGCAAUAGCUUACAACUAAUUCAGCUUUGUGCCUCUCUCGAUUCCUCGCUGUUGCUGUUAGCUCCUCUUGAAGUGAGUUUCUCCAGAGCCCACCUGCCUUUGUGUUUACACCUAUCAAGCAUGUUAUGAGCAAAUUAAAAAAUUGAAAAGAAGUUAAUAAGAAAUACCAGGAGAAAUGUAGAGAAGACAUAAAUCUCCAGCUUUCCUCCUAUCCCCAAAUACUAUAUACAUAUAGUAUAUAGUAUAUAUGUAUGUAUAUAUAUAUGAUUUCUAUAUCUGUUUCUUCUAGCCAACUCUAAUGUAACUGGUCUCUACCCUCUCUGAUUUCUUACCUUUCCCACAAAUUAAGGUUGAAAAGGUAAAAGAUCUUGUGCAUUUGCUUUUUCCUCAUUGAGUGAUCUAGGCCAGUAUUUACUUUUCAAAUUGGAAUUUGGCACUUUUCUUUCUUUGGGAAGCCAUUACAGGAUCCCUUAGUAAGUUUCAAACCCAGAGCCAUCAAUUCAGUAGCUAGUUUUUUUUUCAGGAGGGAGCAGGUUAACUACUGAACAGAAAGAGUCGAGGUAGAGAAAGGUGAGCUCUGCAGCUCCGGUAAUUGACCCAUGAUUUGUUUUUUCCCAGUUGGAUGUGGUUUUCCUCCCUUGCUGCCUAUUACCCAAAUGAUGCUGCUUUCUAGGAAGGCAGAGUUUCAGUUGCAGGAGACUUGGUGGAAAUGUGAGACCAGGUUUUAGACAGAUAUAAUCAAUGUGGUCCCCAAAGAAAGAAUGCAGUGUACUGAGAUCAUUUUCAUCAGGGCCAGAAAAGUAUCAUCUGCCACUUUUAUCUUCUGAGAGAUGAGAGAAAGAAACAACUUGAAAACCUCCUACCAAACUUAGUUGCAUCUCUGUCUCCAGGGGAAAAAUAAAAAGAAUAAAAUUUCUGAUGAUCAUCUAGAUCAUCUUUGGAACAAAACAUUUUCACCUCACAAUAGAGUAAAGUUUGUCCUUGAAAUAUGGGGACUUUUAGACUGUGAGCCCACUGUUGGGUAGGGAGUGUCUCUAUAUGUUGCCAACUUGUACUUCCCAAGCA